AUGGAAACGGCCGAAGCUAAGUACAGGGGCGUGCGGAAGCGGAAAUGGGGGAAGUACGUGUCUGAGAUACGCCUCCCGAACAGCCGGGAGCGUAUAUGGCUCGGCUCGUAUGACACGGCAGAGAAGGCGGCGCGGGCUUUUGAUGCGGCCCUCUUCUGCCUCCGAGGCCACUCCGCCACCUUCAACUUCCCGGACGACCCUCCCGCCAUUGUGGGCGGGCAGGGGCUGGAUCGGUCCGAGAUCCAAGCGGUGGCGCAGAGCUAUGGGAAUAGCUAUGGCGCCGCCGAAGAUGGGUUUCGGGCUCAGGCCUCCGGUGAUGUGGAUUUGGUUGAUGAAUCAUUUUGGAAAAUGGUGGACAUGAAUGGUGGACAAAAUGCGGGCUGCAGUUCGGAUUUUGGGCUGUUUGAGGAGCCCAGUGAAAUGUACAUGGAUCCAAAUUAUGAAGCCAGGGUGUGUGAAGAUGAAGAUAAAGAUGAAGAUGAGGUGGAGGGGAGUUGUUAUCUCGGCCUUUGGAGUUUCUAA